AUGAAAACACAGCGGCAGCACGACGACUCUGAGGAAGCUCUAACCAUUUCCCGUCGCAAUACACAAUCUCCAAAAGGAAGAGCAAACUCAGAGCCGAUCCCAACUGAUAUCAUUUUCGAAAUACUCUUGAAACUGUCGACGAAAACUAUAGCGAGAUGUCGCUGCGUAACGAAACUCUGGUACUCGGUACUUGUCCGUCGAGAGUUCACGGAGAUGUUCUUGACCAGAUCUUCAACUCGUCCGCAACUACUAUCUUGCUGCGAGAAAAAAGGUGAGUUGUUCUUCUUCACAGCACCGCAGUUACAAAACCUAGAUGAGAACUCGUCUCUUGUUGUGUCUCCUAGUUAUCAGAUGAAAGUUCCCUUUGAAGGUUUUGAUACCUCUCAAAUCUGUGGUCAUGUCCGCGGUUUGGUCUGUCUUACACAUCAGCGGGUCUUAAAGGGAAGGAAGGAAACUGUACCAAUGAUAUGCAACCCCAGCACUGGACAAGCCUUACCUUUACCUAAAGUGAAGACGAGGAGGGUUAGUGUGAGAACCUUUUUUGUUUAUGAUCCCAUUGGUAAACUAUUCAAGUUAUUGUCCAUGACCUGGCCAUGUUAUGGUAACGGCGAGAAGAAUUGUGAUGAGUAUCAGGUUCUGACGUUAGCUACUCAAACACUUUCUUGGAGAAUGGUUGAUUGUUGUACACCCCAUCAUCCUGCACACGAUGGGAUAUGCAUUGAUGGUUGUUUGUAUUAUCAAGCUAUGGUCGGUCUAGGUUCAGGGGUUUCUACUAUAGUUUGCUUUGAUGUUAGCUCUGAAACGUUUAGAUUUGUUAAGAAAGCGAGGGGCAUGGCCCUGUAUGGUAAUCCAGCUCUGGUAAACUAUGAGGGUAGAUUAGGUGCAAUUCAGUCAGAUGGGGCUUAUGGAGACAUUUAUUGCCACACUAGAAGUCUUGAGUUGUGGGUUCUAGUAGACGCUGAGAAACAUGAAUGGUCGAAGCUUGUAUAUGCAUUGCCUCCAAUGUGGAAGAAUGUUGUUGGACUGUCUGUGUUAUACAUUGUUGGAAGGACCAGUACAAAUGAUAUUGUGUUGUCGCAGCGCUAUACAUCUGAUGUUUUAUACUACAAUUCGGAGAGGAACACAAUCAUAAGAGUUAAAUUACAAGGAAUGGAUGUGUUUAACCAUCUUAGUAGAGUCCACACCUUUCUGAACCAUGUGGAGGACGUGAAGCUUAUGCAACUGUAA